AUGAUGCGGAAUCAUUCAAUUGAUGAUUGGUUCAACGUACCUGCACGAGGUAGCCCUCUGCCAGACUACCUGGACUCUCCGCUUAGACGCAUGGUGGGGGCGUCCCAUCUUUACCACGACGCGGCUCGGCUUUUGAUGGACCAGUACUUUGAAAAUACCCUCUUUAAUGCUGCUUUUCAGAAAAAUAAGGCUAUCUAUGCUCUAGUGGCUAAAUCUUUGGGCUUACAGUCAAUCAUUGUUAAUGUGUUGACAGAAUUGGGUGUUUUGGAGGGUCACUACUCGCACAUUGCUUGUUCUACUUUAUCAGCCUGCACUACGUGCCUCUUGACUGUGGUCUCAUUCGACCUCUGCUGUCCGCGUAGGUCGUUUGGGCGACGAUGCGAUGCUUUAAGAAUCCUCAGAAAAUACAUCCCAUCUGGUAAGAUUGCCUCUAAUCUCCGUAGACUAAUAAGAAGUCGAGCAAAGACUGUGGGACCAGGGGGAGAUUCCAUCCUGCGAGUUCCUCUGUUUUUACGUGCCAUCGAAUCGAUAGAUAAGGUCAUAGAAGCAUUGGGUUCUUCGGGUGAUGGUAGGUACAGUCAGGUUUUCUACGACCGAGCAAAAACUUCCUACAAGAAAUACAUCAAACUAGUGCGGAAUCUUAAAAAGCAUGAAUUUGUGAGAGAUUAUCACUUUCCGAACCUUAUUCUACUUAUCCCUCCUGGCACGGAUUUGCACCUAUCGCCAGUAAUCACCUCUGACAUGGCUGUCAUCCAGGAUAAGGCAAGCUGUGUGCCAUCCCUAAUUCUUCUGGACGUCCUUGAAUUACCCAGAUCUCAGCCCCUUAAAAUAUUGGAUGCUUGCGCUGCCCCCGGCAACAAAACUACUCUCAUUUUGUCCGGUCUUAAACAGCUGUCUCAAAAGAGUUGCCUUAUGGCCUUCGAUCGCGAUAAAAGAAGAUUCCAUCAGCUUUGUGAUAAUCUCCGUCGAAUGCACGAUGGUGUCUUGAAGGUGAAUGGUGUUAUAGAGAACAGGAAAGUCGGCAGAAAAGCUUUCAACGGAGUCAUUUGUGAAGCCUUCUUGCGAGAUUUCCUCACCAUCGAUCCACUGAAUGAGGCAGAGUUUGCAGAUGUCACAGCAAUUCUUGUGGAUCCUACGUGUUCAGCCUCGGGUCUGCGUUGCAAGCGGCCAGAGCUGGCGGCCCAGGGGCAAGAGGACAAGGUGGAGCGUGUCGAGCGAUUGGCCAACCUCCAGGCCAAAAUUCUUCGGCACGCUCUCUCCUUUCCCUCCGUUGAGGUGGUCGUCUACUCAACUUGCUCGGUCUACCAACAAGAAAAUGAGGCAGUGGUUCGUGAACUACUUGAAUCUGGUGCAGCGGCGGAUUUUGAGCUGGUGCCUAUCUGGAAUAAAAGCAAGGACAAAGGGACAAAGGGAAUGGGGGAAAAGGCUUUGGCGGUGCCCAACCUUUUCACCCCAUUAGCUCCAUGGAAGUCACGAGGUUUCGUUGAAGAUGAUAACAAAGAUGCCGCAAAAAUGAUGGCAAGGUGUUUGCGAUCGUCGGCUGAAAAUGACCUCACUAUCGGCUUCUUUAUGGAUGAGCAGACAGAGGUUGCUGAUGAAGCUCCACCCAGUGGUACCUUUUCAGACGAGAUAAAGGAGUUGGAGAAACCGGUGAAAUCACCUUUGUCGAAAGCAGUCGAAACCAACUCUAAUGGAGAUGUUGAACCACCGCCAAAGAGGCGGAAACUCUCAAAACAAGAGCGAUACAUCCAGCGAAAGGAGGAACGACGUGGCAGAAGGAAGGCGAUGAAGAUGAGGAGACGGGAGCGACGUGAUGCAGUGGCUGCGUCGGCGGUGGCGGCAGUUGGAGACGCUCCGCUAAGAGCUCCACCACCACCACCACCACCACCUCGAGUCUCUAUGGCUGAGUCGAAGUGUAGGACGUGCGUUGUGUUGGACUGCGCUUACGAUCACCUCAUGUCCUUCAAAGAUACCUGCAAACUAGCACAUCAGAUAUCAAAUUGUUACUCAACAAAUCGCCGCCUUCCAGCGCCGGUGCAACUCUACAUCACCGGUCUUGGGAGCGCAUUCAAGGCCGAGGAAGGGAUAGAGCAGUCCACGGAGCCGCGUGAACCGAUGGAGCAGAGCACGCUGGCCAGACUGCAUAAGGUCGAUGCCCAAAACUGGGACGUUCAUUUGAAAAUGGAGGACUACAGAGAACUGUUUCCUGCCUCUUCGAUUGUCUACCUUUGCGCGGAAUCAAGCUACGAGUUGCCGGACACUUUUGUGUCCGAUGCUAGUGCUACUGCUCCACCCGACGGUGCUGUGGCUACCACCACUGACAAUGGUUGUGGUACUACCGACUCAACCGUCCCCGUUUUCACCUCCGACGACGUCUACGUAAUCGGUGGCCUUGUGGAUCAUAAUCAUCAUCAAGGCCUCUGCUAUCAGCAGACAUGCGGUAGUAUAUGUGACACAAUAAGUGGCGAGAAGCGCAUUCAGGGAGUGAUGAAGGUGUACCACUUGGUUGAAAAGGCAUUGCAGCGUGGUCACCGGACAGCACGACUGCCACUGGAACGGGCGGGUGUGGAAGUGGAGGGUCGGCGGGUGCUUGCUCUCCUGCACGUCUUUCAAGCUCUCGCCUUCGUCCUCUCCGGUGCUCAUCCUCAAUGGCAUGAUGCACUGCGGGCUGCACUUCCUCCGCGAAAAUGCAACCAAUAG